AAACGGUACCUCCAGAGUCAGUCAACGGUCUGAACGGCGAAAUCGCUACAGGAUUUUGGCCAGGUGGACUGCAACGAAUCUCCCCCAACUUUUCCAACGUUUUACUCGUCCACCCCUUCAGCUUCACCUUAUUCUUCUCCUUCCCCUAAAAUCAGAUUCUUGCACCCUUCCUCUUCCAUCCCUCCUCAUUCGCUCCUCCGAUCGGGCGGCUCUCCUCGAAUCCAAAGGUAGUUUGGUGUUCAAAGGUUGAAAGAUGGCUAGUGGGUUUGGGGAAUCGACAAGCAGGCAGCCCCCAAGCCCCUUUUGCUCAAGCAGCAGUAAUAACAAUAGUGAUGCUGGAAAUUUUGAGUGUAAUAUUUGCUUAGACUUGGCUCAAGACCCAAUUGUUACUCUUUGUGGUCACCUCUUCUGCUGGCCCUGCCUUUACAAAUGGCUUCAUAUACACUCUCAUUCCCAAGAAUGUCCUGUUUGUAAGGCUCUUAUUGAAGAGGAGAAGUUGGUCCCUCUAUAUGGACGUGGAAAGAAUUCUACUGAUCCUCGCUCUAAGUCGAUUCCUGGGAUGGAGAUUCCACAUCGGCCCACUGGACAAAGGCCUGAGACAGCUCCUCCUCCUGAUCCAAAUGCUAAUGCUAAUGCUUUUGCGCAGCAAGGAUAUGGGUUCAUGGGAGGCUUUGGCCCCUUUGGUGGUUUUGCACCUGCAGCAACUGCUGGAUUUGGGAACUUCACAUUAUCUGCAGCUCUUGGGGGUCUAUUCCCAUCAUUCUUUAACAUUCAAGUGCAUGGAUUCCCCAAUCCAAACUUGUAUGGACCAGGUCCUGGUUUUCCAUAUCGGUAUUCCAAUACGUUCCACGGUGGACAUGCUCAUGCAUUCCAUCAACGUGGGAAUCAGCAACAGCAGGCGGAUUCUACCUUGAAGUUUCUCUUGUUGGUGAUUGGUUUGAGUGUGCUUCUGACUCUAAUUUGGAGUUAAGGUAAAUCAGCAUCUAGUGUUUGAACUGCCGACCAAUGUCUAAGAUUGUAUCGGCUCCUUGUAUAUUUGCUAGAGUACGAGUUUGUGCCAGCUCUCUUUUCUUGUAUUCAAUUUUCUGAUUUAGACAAUUUUAGUUGUGAUAUCAGCUGUAGUUUUACUCAUAAUUAGCUGUAUUGUUACCAGUUUGUUUCAAUAUGUCUCUUUCUCUCUCUGUUGUGACUGCAAACACCAUAUCCUUGUACCCUAGGAACAGAGGUCGCGCUGGAACUUCGCAGCGACGUGGAGUGUCAUUACUUGAGUUGCAGGCUGCUGCACUUGGCAGUUUUGCUUAUGCGUGACUUGCCGAGCUUUGCAUAUGAGCUUACGUAUAUAGGUAUUUAUUUUGAGAAAUGGAGAUAUUAGCAAAUGGAUAAUGUACUAUAAUUUCUUCUGGUUAAGAAAGAUACAGUUCAUCCAUCCGUUCCUCUGUAAUUAUCCCCUUUGUUUAUCCCUAGAUUGGCGCAUCCAAGUAAUUAACCCGUACACAACCACUAAACUGGCACUGUUGUUGUCAUCUAUGGGUGAUCUUAUUAUUGUCAGAUGCGUCUAUUUCACCUCCGGGUGCAUUUAAGAUCAGUGAACAGUUCUGAGCAAUUUGUAUACUUGGACAAAUUACAGUACCUUUAGAAUUGCAGCUGGUUUGAAUCUACCUACCCUCACUAUGUAAUGUAAAAUCCUGAUUUUUACAUUGAAUUGCUGUCUCCGUUUAUUGCAUUGGCUGUGUAAACAACUAUUUCUUUUAUGUAAAUCACUGAAAAAUACGAAAUGAAAUGGACGAGGGCUGUUCUCGGAGGCAACUGCAAAUGUUUCAUUGGUAACUUCUAAACUUCAGCAG